AUGAUCAUUGAAAAUUUGACUUUUCUCUUGUUAAAUAUGGUUGUAUAUAAAAUUGGAAAUUUAAUCUUCAGUUGGAUUCUGGGAUGUAUCGAAGAGCCUAAUGAUUUUUCCAAUGGCUUAUAUGUUCUCGGAAGGAAAAUUGCUCUCGGUUUGGUGGCAUCAGCAGAAAAAGUAAAGGCAAUCAAUCUUCCUUUCCCUGAUCGGACUGCUCAGUGGGUCGCUAGUCAGGCUUAUGAAAAUGACUCUGAUUCUGGAUUUUCCUUGACUGAAGUAGUUUGGGUGGAAGAAGAUCUUGGAAAUAAUUGCAUAGAAGUACGGGCUAAUACAAAACCAUCCAAGAUAAAUAGUUUUAAUGAUACCUAUUGUAAUCCCAAUGGAGCUGCUCCUGUAACUACUUCCACACCAUUGAGCUGUGCUGUCAACCCUAAUAUAGAAAUGCCACUUGCUAUGCAGAAAAUUCAAGAAAUGCAAACUGAAAUUGAAAAGCUUAAAGAACAAAUUGCAAUGAUGUGUAAACAAAAUUUAGAAAAAUCAUCCAUGGAGUCUUCCUGUUCCCGCUCAGUUCCUUCCCCUCCCCCAUGUUUAUUGCCUCCACCUCCACCACCACCACCACCACCUUCUAUCUGUGUAACAUCACCUGAUAUGUCAACCAAACAAUUCAUGUCCAUAGGUGACUUGAUAAAGCAGAAAGCUUCAGCUGGCUGUUUAAAAUCUGAUCUUAAACCCACAUCAACAAACCAAACAUGUGAUGAGAACCGUACCCCAACCAUGGCAGAUGUCCUCAAAAAUUUAAACAGUGUCAAGUUAAAGCCAGUAGCUAGAUCGCCAGGAGGGACUCCACUUCGGCAAAUGCCAUUGCCCUGUAAUGUUAAUGACCAACAAUCUAUAAUUGCAAAUGCCUUGAGAAAAAAGUUUGCCCGUAGUCGUGCUGUGAGUCCAAAUUGCAGCAGAAAAGUUUUGAAAACUCUCUCACCUACAACUCCAUCCCAGGUUAGUAUUGUACAAUGCAAGCCCCCCUUUUCUCCUCCCAGAAAAGGAUUACUCAAAAAUGUAUUUAGCACUUACAAUCAAUUUGAUUCAUAA